AUGAAUAUAUUUUUAGUGGUAUUUCUACAAAUAUUUUAUUUAUAUGUAAAUGGAAUUUUUGAAGAUGAACCUCAUCCUGUACCUUCAAAUGAUUCUAAUUUAAUUUGUUCUACCUGUCAUGUUCUUAAAGUAGGAAAAGAUAAAAAACUUAAGUGUGUCAAAAGAAAUAGAUGUUGUCAUGGUUUAAAUUCCUAUAAAGAAUGUUUAAUAAAUCCAUGUCUUAAUUAUAAGAAAUCAUGUAAACGUGCAAAACACUGUAUUGUAAAUAAUUGUCGUUCAAGUGGUUGUUAUGCUAUUUACUAUGAUGAAAAUUGGGUUGAAAUUGAUACUCAAUAUUGUAAUACUCAAGAAGAUUUAAAAUUAAAAUCAUAUCAAAUUCCAAAAAAUGUUGAAGAACAUGGAAAAAGAAUAAUAUUUCCUCAAGUUUCUAUGGAAAAAUUUUAUCAUAACAUAAAAAAAAGUAAACCUGGAACAUGUAAUGAAGACCUCCAAAAUGAAGGUGAAAUAUUUAAAAUAUGUACAGGUAAUUGUGAUAAUGAUGAUGAAUGUCCUGGAAAAAUGAAAUGUUGUAAUAAUGGAUGUGCAAAAAUUUGUACCUUAAAAUAUCAAAAGAACAAAGAAAAUUUUAUUAAUUUAGAAAUUGUUGUUAAAGAAAGUUUGAAGAAUAAUUAA